GCAUAGUUCGUUACAAUGGUGGUUGCGACCUCUUCGACGGUUGCCUUGGUUGAGGAUUUAACAAAGGACACUAACGCAAGGUUGCGCAUUCGGUACGUAAUGCCGGCAGCGCACCUGACCCUACGUGAAGAGGACGUGGUGAGACUGACCCUUGAGUUUCUGCACAGCCGAGACCUGCACAUAUCGCAGUUGUCACUGGAGCGUGAAACCGGGGUAAUAAACGGUCAGUACAGCGACGACGUGUUGUUCCUACGUCAGCUGAUACUAGACGGCCAAUGGGAUGACGUCCUGGAGUUCAUUCAGCCGCUGGAGGCGCUUCCGGAUUUUGACAUGCGGAGGUUCACCUAUUCGAUACUGCGUCACAAGUACGUAGAACUCCUCUGCAUAAAGUCCGAGGCCAACGUUAUAGUAGGCGCAAACGGUAGCGUCGACAACGCGGUCGAGGAGGUGGUCAAGGUCCUUAGUGACCUCGAGAAGGUGGCGCCAACCAAAGACGAAUACUCGAGUCUCUGCCUUCUCCUGACGCUUCCACGACUGACGGAUCACCUUCAGUACAAGGAUUGGAACCCGAGCAACGCGAGGGUCCAGUGUUUUCGCGAGGUGUAUCCUCUGGUCGAGAAAUUUCUCCCGGGUGACAGGAAGUCCUCGGACAAUACCGGCCCAGUGACGUCGGCGAAAAACGAUAGGAUGAUACAACUCGUUAUAAAGGGGAUUCUCUACGAGUCCUGCGUCAAUUAUUGCCAGGCAAAGGCCACCGGGUCGAAGGAGAGUGAGCAAGUCGAAAUGAGCUUUUCAAGACUGCUCGACGGAUCCGUUGGCUUCAGUGAUUCCGAUCUGAGUCUCCUGUCAUGGCUCCAGAGCAUUCCUCCCGAGACCUUCGCCGUUCCUUUUGCUCAACGCACCCUCAACGUCGACGUCGAACGUCUGGAACGACCAUCGCUCGAGACAUCCUGGACCGAGCACAUGCUCAUCACACCCAUUAAGCCAAAGACCUUUCCGCAUAGCGCGAUGCCGUUCACCAGGCCUCGUUCAGCCGCUGAUAUGAUGUCCAGGAGUCUUGUGCCCGCACUUGAAGGUCUCGGAUCGCGGAGUCCGGGUCUUAAGAAUACUCCCAUACCGUCGGCUGCUCUGAUGGCACUAUCGACAGGCGAUAUUAACUCCAUGUCGAGGUCUUCUUUUGCCAGUUUUCAUCUCACCGGCUUCAAGAACAACAAACUUAUGAACACGAGCGUUGACAGACUCUUCGAGAAUGAAGGUGACGUCUUUUUAAGCUCGAGCUACGCCGACUUUCAGCAGCUUCCCUCCAUCCAGGAGGCUGCCAACAACGUAGCUUCGCUUCCAAAAGCUCCCCCAAGGACCAGGGGACAGUCGAAAAGUCCCGAAGGGACCAGAGCCGAUCCUUCGGCGGCUUCGACCCCGGAAAGGCGGAUAGCGGGACGCGAAUCCCCGGCUCCUUCCACUGCCAGAAGUUCAAGGAGGGAUUCACUUGCGGACAAACCAACCGGGGUGCAACAGAAAAUUCCUGAACCCACUUUACCCGUCGGUGUUGCCGCACUCGUUGGACCCGACGGUGAGAUUCUUGAACCCAGCUUUAACGGCGACUUGUUCAAGGAGUUUCAGAAGCAAAAACAGAGACUACAAGAAACUAUACAGCUCAAGGAAAAGGAACGAGACGAACUUGUCAGACAGUUGACUGCUCCUCUAACUUCUAAUCAGGUCAAUGCAGCUGAUAACAGACUUCAGGAUGACACGAUGAAACAACCUUUGAACAGCAAAGGACCGUCGCCUGUUCAUUCAAGCACACCGAGCAGAUCGGGAAUCCAGUCGCCAAAACCAGCCACAAAUGGAACGACGGAUCCCUUGUCACGACAGAACUCGACUUCGAAUAAUUUCUACGACCAAAGACUACAGGAUGGAAUUUACGAUAUUUUGAAAUCUGGGGUCAAGCAAGAGCCGAGACCCGACCUCGACGUCAGUAAUGGCAGCAGCAACGGAGGUCGUCCCAGAUUUGUUCCUGUAACAUCUCUCGAGGAUGUUCAGGCUGUACGAUGCGCCGAGUUUCACCCACAUGGAAAACUCUACGCCGUUGGUUCAAACUCAAAGACACUCAGAAUAUGCGCUUAUCCGAAGCUCAGCGACGUCCGGGAGGACCACCAGACCUAUCAACCGACCGUUUUGUUCAAACGAACAAAACACCACAAGGGAUCGAUUUACUGUUUGGCAUGGACACCGGACGGCCAGCUUAUGGCUACCGGAAGUAACGACAAAACCGUCAAGCUGAUGCGUUUCAACGCCGAAAACUCAAAUCUGGAAGGCCAGGAAAUCGAGCUUACGAUGCACGACGGCACGGUGAGGGAUAUAUGCUUCCUCGAGGACACGUCGAACAAAUCGAGUUUACUGAUAAGCGGAGGAGCCGGCGAUUGUAAAAUAUACGUAACGGAUUGCGCGACCGGAACUCCCUUCCAAGCAUUGAGUGGACACAGCGGACACGUAUUAACUUUGUACAAUUGGGGUGGAGCGAUGUUCGUUAGUGGAUCACAGGACAAAACCGUAAGAUUCUGGGACCUGAGGACAAGAGGAUGCGUUAAUAUGGUCACACCGGCAACGGUACCUGGUAGCAGAGUCGGAAGUCCAGUUGCAGCAUUGUGCGUCGAUCCCUCAGGAAGGCUUCUCGUCUCUGGACACGAGGACAGCAGCUGCGUUCUCUUCGAUAUUCGCGGUGGUCGGACAGUUCAGUGCUUCAAGCCCCACGCAUCAGAUAUUCGAAGCAUCAGGUUUUCACCCUCCGCUUAUUAUCUCCUCACCGCUGGAUACGAUAAUAAACUUGUUCUGACUGACCUGCAAGGCGAUCUGACGAUGCCGUUGCCCAGUGUCGUUGUCGCCCAACAUCAGGACAAAGUCAUAUCCGGUCGUUGGCAUCCGACUGAAUUUUCAUUCCUCAGCACAUCCGCCGAUAGAACAGCAACCCUAUGGGCUCUGCCUCCAGUUUAAAUAAAAUUAUACUCGUUGUUGUUUUUGUUGUUAUUGUUGUUAUUAUUA